GUGGGCAGACUAGUUGUGGAAAAAAGUUCUCAUGACUGUUUUCGUGUCAGUGUGAAAAGUUGUUCGUUUCUCGUCUCUCCUGAGUGUCUGGAGACGCUUCUGGAAGAAUCCAUAGACAACACGACACCGUGAAACUUCAGCUAAAACAAACACAAUGGGGAGUGAUGGGCGACCGAUUCAGAUUGUGGACGUAAAUAAGGACGAUCACUCCUUCACGUUGAACACCGAGGCAUUAGCUCAGGUUCUGCUGGAUCCAGAGGUCCGAGACAAACAUGUGGUGGUUCUGUCGGUGGCCGGCGCCUUCAGGAAGGGGAAAAGCUUCUUACUGGACUUCAUGCUUCGCUACAUGCACAGAAAGAGUGACGAUAACUGGCUGGGUCGGGACGACGAGGAGCUGACUGGGUUUUCUUGGAGAGGCGGGUCGGAACCAGAGACGACAGGCAUCCAGCUGUGGAGCAAAGUUUUUACAGUUCAGAAGAGCGACGGGACGGAGGUGGCCGUGGUGUUGAUGGACACUCAGGGAGCGUUUGAUGACCAGUCCACAGUGAAGGACUGUGCCACCAUCUUUGCUCUCAGCACCAUGACCAGCUCAGUCCAGAUCUACAAUCUCUCACAGAACAUCCAGGAGGACGACCUGCAGCAGCUACAGCUGUUCACAGAAUAUGGCCGUCUGGCCAUGGAUGAAAUCUUCCAGAAGCCGUUUCAGUCGUUGAUGUUUCUGGUCAGAGACUGGAGUUUCCCCUACGAAUACAAGUACGGCUUCAAAGGUGGCAACGAGUUUCUGGAAAAACGGCUGCAGGUUAAGGAGGCUCAACAUGAGGAGCUGCAGACUGUGAGGGAACACAUUCACUCAUGUUUCACCAAGAUCUCCUGCUUCUUGUUGCCCCACCCCGGCCUCAAAGUUGCCACCCACCCAGCUUUCCGAGGGCAACUGAGCGAUGUUGCCGUUGAAUUCAAAACGCAGCUGCAGGCUCUGAUUCCCAAACUGCUGCAUCCAGACAACCUGGCUGAGAAGGAAAUAAACGGAAACAAAGUGACCUGCAGAGGCCUGCUGGAGUUCUUCAAGGCUUACAUUAAAAUCUACCAAGGAGAAGAUUUGCCUCAGCCAAAGACGAUGCUCAUGGCCACAGCAGAAGCCAACAACCUGGCAGCCGUAGCAGCAGCUAAAGAUCAAUACCAGAAGAACAUGGAGAGGAUCUGUGGAGGAGAUCUGCCGUAUGUGUCUCCGGAGACGCUGGAGGAGAAGCAUAACUUCUUCCACGGAGAAGCCAUCCACCUGUUUGCAAACACAAAGAAGAUGGGGGGACAGGAGUUUUGCAAUCGCUACCAGGCUCAGCUGCAUAAGGAGCUGGACGAGAUGUGGCAGUCGCUUAGCAAGCAGAACGAGGCUAAGAACCUCUUCAGCGCCUUCCGGACUCCGGCGGUUCUCUUCGUGCUGAUGUGCCUCCUCUACAUCGUGUCGGGCGUGUUGCUCUUCGUCGGCCUGACGACCUUCGCCUUGGUGUGCGACUGCGGCCUGGGGCUGCUGAUGGUCGCCAUGUUGGUUUGGGCCUUCAUACGCUACUCCGGCCAGUACCGGCCUGUGGGCGGAGCCAUCGACCAGGCUGCCGGCGUCGUCCUAGAACAGGCUACGGAGAUAUUGAACAAAUCGAGAGGCGCACCAGUGAGCGUCAAGAAGAAAUCCAGCUAGAGUCCCAGGGUCUCUAAUCCAGACAGACGGCACACAAACCCAAGCACACUUCUAGCACUAAAGCCUUAUCAUCAUCAUCAUCCUCACUGGCCCUGGGUGACGACUGCCCCAUCCUGACUCACCAGCAUCAGACACAGCCUGUUAAAGUCCAGGAACAUCCCAAAACAAAACCCUCUCUACAAGUUUACAGUUUGUCUUAACGUAAAGGUCAAUGUUUACCUUCUCACCUCAUGGAAACAUGCAGUUUUUUAAGCCUUACUGAGCUGAGACGUGGGUCCACUUUGUAGUCCGUCUUAAAGAUACUUCAAAAUGCAGCUUUAAAGCUUUUACAUAAACGCCUGCUUCUGUAGCUUCUUUUUUAUUUUCUUCCAUUCCUCAUAGCCUCAAAAAUAUUCAGUUCUCCUUGUAGAUCUGCCUUAUAGAUGUUACAAGCUAGCAUUCCUUGGAAAGAUAAACUAGCAGAAAACACCCUUUCUUGGGAGCUUCGUGUCACUGACACUAAGUUUUAUUUUUAUUUAUUCUUUUGUCUGUUAUACCCUGAUGGAAACAUGCUGGACACUACAGAGUAAACCAGACGCAGCUUUUUCAGUACAAGCUGAAAAAGAAAGACAGUUCUGGAAUAAUGAGGUCAAAUCACCAGCAUGCGAAAGCCAACGAUCAGUCAGCCAAAGAGUUAGCUUUAAACGUCCUAAUAUAAUGAAGUAUACUUUUUUCUCUUCUACUUGUUGGUAUAAUUAAUUACCUGAACAGAAAGCAACCACUGUCUUUAAAUACAAAAACACAAAAUAAAAAUUCUGAUUGUUGCAAAUGUUAUCAUCUUUGCAUCAAAUGUCGUCAGUAAUAUUUAUAUUCACACAAUGUAAUCUGAGUUUUCAAGGAAUACUGAGAAACGGCACUAGCAUGUCUCUGUGAUGGUAUUUAAGCUUUUUCCUGAAGGUUUCUCACUCAUAAAAACCGAUGUAUUUACAGCUCAACUGUCUGUGUGAAAUGUUCUACAUGUGGAGCAGAAGAAUGAAACUGCAUCUGCUGUUUGACUGAUCAGUUUUGACUUUCAGUUCUCACGACUGGAUUUACUUGGUUGUUUUUUGCAGUAAAUCAAGGAAUUUGGUGGCGGAUUAAAGGGCUGCUAUUAUUUGCAACAAUGUUCUCCAUUCCUGAAUAGAUUAAGUCUUUUUUUUUAAGUAUGAUGUGAUUAGAGAAGUGAAAUGGAAAGCAUUAGGUAUUUUAAAAAUAUUCAGUGUAAUGGGGGCCAUAAUGUGCACUUUAACACCUGAACAUAUUCCUUGUACACAAAGAUUGAAACUAAGGCUUUAUUCUUAGUAAAUGCAUGAAAUUAUAUAUGCAAGUCUGAAGUGUUCAGGGCCAAAAGUGACUAUUGAGACGAUUUUUCACCCUUGUGUGGUUCUUUGUGUUUCUUUUUUUGUUUUUGUCCACUAGAGGGAGCUUGUGGACGCCUUACAAGCAGUUAUUUUUGCACUUUGCCUCCUCUUUGGUGCUUGUUGCACACAGCACAUUCCAAAUGUGGGAAACAAAUGCAUGCAAUAUUGUAGUAACGGCAAAUGUAACAAUCUCCUGCAUUGAUCUGAUGACCAUGACUUUGACAUAAUGCUGUUUUAUAAAGAAUAAACAGAGAUUCACACAGUU